AUCGGUUGGGGAAAUAUGUCCUUUCGUUUCUGGAUGCACGCUGGCUAUGCGCAUGUGAACGAGUCAGUCAUACAUGGCAACGUACAAUAUCACAUGGCAAACUGUGGCGUCGUUUGAUUGAACGAAAUGCUAUCAACGAUCCGGUCUGGAAAGGAGUUAUCGAUAAACGUGGAUGGCGAAAAUUUCUGUUUAUCAGUAAGGAUCGUGCGCAUACAUUGAUAUUUAAAGAAUUGGGCUACUGUUCAAGUGCUAUUGAGCAAUACAGGAAUACACAGGAAUCGCUGGAAGCUCAGCAUCGUUUUUAUCGCGCACUAUAUCCAAAAAUACAUCGAGAUAUCGAAUCACUGAAAGCCAACUGGCAAAAUGGACGACAUGUACUCUCUCGUAUCACAUGCCAUUCGGAGCCGAGCCGAGGUGUAUAUUGUCUGCAGUACGAUGAUGAUAAAAUCAUAUCAGGCCUACGCGAUCAUACCAUAAAAAUUUGGCAACGAAAAGAUUUGCAGUGCUCACAGACGUUACGUGGGCAUACCGGCUCUGUACUGUGCCUGCAAUAUGAUGAUCGUGUGAUAAUCAGUGGAAGUAGCGAUACAUCAGUGAGGCGAAAAUUUCUGUUUAUCAGUAAGGAUCGUGCGCAUACAUUGAUAUUUAAAGAAUUGGGCUACUGUUCAAGUGCUAUUGAGCAAUACAGGAAUACCCAGGAAUCUCUGGAAGCUCAGCAUCGUUUUUAUCGCGCACUGUAUCCAAAAAUACAUCGAGAUAUCGAAUCAUUGAAAGCAAAUUGGCAAAAUGGACGACAUGUACUCUCUCGUAUCACAUGCCAUUCGGAGCCGAGCCGAGGUGUAUAUUGUUUGCAGUACGAUGAUGAUAAAAUCAUAUCAGGCCUACGCGAUCAUACCAUAAAAAUUUGGCAGAGAAAAGAUUUGCAGUGCUCACAGACGCUGCGUGGGCAUACCGGCUCCGUACUGUGUCUGCAAUAUGAUGAUCGAGUGAUAAUCAGUGGAAGUAGCGAUACAUCAGUGAGAGUUUGGGACGUGCAUACUGGUAAUCUACUGAACACGCUUAUGCAUCACGUGGAGGCUGUACUGCAUUUACGAUUUCAGAAUGGCAUGAUGGUCACCUGCUCCAAAGAUCGUUCGAUAGCCGUCUGGGAUAUGAUUUCUCCAACAAACAUCACCGUACGACGUUUGCUUGUUGCACAUCGUGCUGCCGUCAAUGUUGUUGAUUUUGAUAGCCGAUAUAUUGUUUCGGCAUCGGGUGAUCGAACUAUAAAGGUUUGGCAUACUGAUUCAUGUGAAUUUUUGCGUACAAUGACUGGCCACAGACGUGGCAUUGCAUGUCUGCAGUAUCAUGAUCGACUUGUUGUUUCUGGAUCUAGUGACAACACCAUCAGAUUAUGGGACAUUGAAGUGGGUGCAUGCCUAAAAGUUUUGGAAGGCCAUGAGCAACUUGUUCGUUGUAUUCGUUUCGAUUCCAAACGCAUCGUUUCUGGCGCUUAUGAUGGAAAAAUAAAAGUUUGGGAUCUACAAGCAGCGCUAAAUCCUCGUUCUCCUCCAGACAGCAUAUGCUUGCUCACAUUGGUGGAGCACACUGGACGAGUGUUUCGUCUUCAGUUUGAUGAAUUUCAAAUUGUUUCUUCAUCGCAUGACGACACGAUACUGGUAUGGGAUUUCCUUGAGCCGAACACCGAAGCUCUUUCUCUGGAAGGAGCACGUGAACAAAUUGCAACAGCUGCAGGGCUAGAAAACGGCGAAAAUCACCAGCCGGUUGGGCCUAAUGAUCAGCAAGAUCAGCGUGCUCCUGCAGGCGGUACUUCCUUUUUUUUACGAAUUUUUAUAUGA